UCAACUAAAAAUGGUUGUAUUUAGUUUUUAGUGAUAAUGUUUAUAAAUAAAGACGAAAAUGAAGUGCAACUAUUUCCAAUAAAGAUUUACUUAUUAAAAGCGGACGAUUCAAACGAAUCAACUACAGUCAAUGUUAAAGACGAUGCUACUGUUUCUGAUGUAAUAGAAUCUGCUUUAGAAAAUUUUUCUAUUGUUUUGUCUGCUGAAGAUUUUCAGUUAUGUGAAAUUUUCAAUGAAAGUGGAGUUUUUCCUAAUGACUUGGAUACUGUAAUAGAAAAAGGAAGGAUUUUACUUUACUCAGAGUAUCCGGUAAAAACUGUUCAAGAUUGGGGCAAAAAUAUAUUAGAAAAUGAAAAACUUUUUUUUAAAACUUCCAAAGAAGUUGUUGAAGCAUAUAGAAUAUGUCUAAUACCAAAAAAAACAGAAUCUUGUUUAGAAGUUACUGAUAUUAAAGUCAGAUGGCUAGAUGGUUUAAACUCUAAGUUGCUACCUGAGGAAUGGCAUUUUGAUCCUUACUUUAGAGAUGAAAUAGAGGACUUAGUUAAUUUGCCUAUUUUAAAUGAGAAAGUUAUUCUAGAAGAACUUUGUAAACGAUUUUGCUUAGGUCGUAUAUACACAUAUAUUGGUGGAAUAUUAAUUGCUAUCAAUCCAUUUAAGUACUUUCCUAUUUACAACCCUAAAUAUGUUAAGGCUUAUCAGCAUAAGAAACUUGGUGAAUUACCACCUCAUGUUUUUGCUAUUGCUGAUUGUGCAUAUGAUAAUAUGCUUAAAGAUAGACAUGACCAAUGUAUUGUAAUAUCAGGUGAGAGUGGUAGUGGAAAAACUGAAAGCACCAAACUUAUUCUUCAUCACUUGACAGCACUAAGCCAUAAAACAAAAGCAACACUUUUGGAAAGAACUAUAUUAGCUGCUGGACCAGUGUUAGAGGCUUUCGGAAAUGCAAAAACCUGUCACAACAAUAAUUCUAGUAGAUUUGGAAAGUUUACUCAAAUCAAUUAUAGAGCUGAUGGUGUAGUGUGUGGGGCUGUGCAGAAGAAAUACUUGUUAGAAAAAUCUCGAAUUGUUUCACAGGCAGUAAAUGAGCGCAAUUAUCAUGUGUUUUAUUAUUUACUUGCUGGUGCAUCAGAGCAAGAAAAAGAGAUACUUUCUUUGCAAAAUGCACAGAGUUAUCAUUACUUAAAUCAGACUUCAUGCUAUCAAAUAGAAAAUGUAGAUGAAAAGUAUGAAUUUGCUCGUUUGAAACAUGCAAUAAAAAAUCUUGGAAUUAGUAGCAAGACACAGCUCAGGAUGUUUUCUGUACUAUCUGCCGUGCUUCACAUUGGAAACAUUAGAUUUAAAAAGCUUGGUCUCAAUGAGGAAGCAGUAUGUGUUGAAGAUGAUAGUCUUAUUGAUACAAUAUCAAAGCUUUUGCAGGUUGAAAAGCAAGACUUGGUCCAGGCGCUCACUCUUCGUAAAACAAUUACAAGAGGUGAAGAGUAUAUAAGAUUUUACAGACUAGAAGAAGCUGCUGCCACCAGAGAUGCAAUGGCUAAGUGUCUUUAUGCUUCAUUGUUCGACUGGAUUGUUCUGCAGACAAAUCACAUCCUAUUGAACAGACAAGGAAAGAAGAAUGACCAAAAGGCUUUUUCCAUUGGAGUGUUGGACAUUUUUGGGUUUGAAGACUUUGAACACAAUAGUUUUGAACAGUUUUGUAUUAACUUGGCCAAUGAAAAUUUGCAGCAUUACCUCACUCAACACAUUUUUAAGAUUCGACAGGAUGAGUAUACAACAGAAGGACUAAUGUGGGAUCAUGUUGAUUAUGUUGAUAACUUAACAUGUUUGAAUUUAAUUGUUAAGAAACCAACUGGUUUGAUACAUCUAUUAGAUGAAGAAUGCAGUUUGACAAUUGGAACAGAUAAAAGUCUGCUUGAUAAGUUUAACAAGCAUCAUGGAGGAAAUCCGUUUUAUGAGAUGCCACCAACACGAGAACCAGUGUUCAGUAUCAUUCACUAUGCUGGUACUGUGAAAUAUAAAAUUAAGCAUUUUCGUGCUAAAAACCAAGACUUGAUACGUAGUGACAUUACAACAACCUUCAAAAACAGCAGAAUGUUGUUUAUGAGAGAGUUGAUGGGUUCUGAUCCUGUUGCCUGCUUUUAUUGGGCUGUUCUUCGUCAUAUCUUUAAGGUUGUUUUUUUCUUAAGAAGAUGUACAGAGUUGAGAUCUCAAGGAAAAGGCUCCAAAAAUAGCGAUUUUAAACAGAAAACAGGAAAUUCGAUUACUGACAUGACACCACCCAACAGGCGAAAAUUUUUGUUGAAAAAAAUGUCAGAAGCAGCACCUGAAUAUGAGUCUGAUAAUUUAAUAAGACAAGCCAACAAAGUUAUGAACAGGAGAGUGUUUUCAAUGGCUAAGAAUUACCAGAAUCCCUCAAAAGUUCGAUCUGCCCUUGAAGUUAAAAGGACUAUAUCUGGUGGUAUGACAGAAACUCUGAGACGGGGUAGUUCAAAGGCUCCUCCAACAGUUGUUGCACAAUUUCAGUCAUCUCUUCAAGAGCUAAUGGAUACUCUUAAUCAAUCUCAUCCGCUUUUUGUUCGAUGUGUUCGUUCUAAUGCAAAAAAGGCUCCUCUUGAAUUUGAUGCAGAGCUUAUACUGAGACAACUGAGAUAUACAGGAAUGUUGGAAACAGUAAAGAUAAGACAGGCUGGUUAUUCAGUGCGUUUGCCGUUUGAGGACUUUGUGAAGCAGUUCAAGGUUUUGUUUCCUGCUAACAUUAGUACUUCUUCUAGCAGUGGAGAGUUAACAAUUCUUCUUGUAAAACUUGGUUUGAAUCCUGGAGACUUUCAAAUUGGGGCUACUAAAGUUUUUAUGCGUGAAAAUCAGUACCAGCUGAUGAGGUUUUUACUUCAAAAGAAAUGUGAUGACAGUGCCACAAAAAUUCAAAAGUGGUACUUGGCAUGUUAUCAGCGAAGACUCUUCUUACAAAUGGUUAAAGCUGUUAUAGAGAUUCAAAAAAUAUGGAGGGGUUAUCAGGGCAGAAAAUUUUACAAUGAAUACAAAUUACGCAACAUGGCAGCUUUACAUAUUGUUGAAUUUUGGAAAUAUCACAAAAUUAAAAGGCAAACUGGAACUUAUUUUAUGCAGUAUAAAAAAGCAGUCGUUACUAUACAAAGUGCUUGGAGAGGAUAUUCAGCUAGGAAAAAAAUAAAAAUUCUAAAACUAGAAGAUAAAGAACACCGUGAAAUUGUCAAUCUUUUUGUUUCAUCGCCAAAACAACCACCACUUGAAGCCGUUACACAAGAAACAGUUACAAAAGAACCAGUCUUACAUAAAAACUCUGACGGCGUGCCCUAUUCUUCACAUAGGAGUAGACAACAAGAAAAAUCAGAAAGCUUGCUUAAAGAAGCUUUUAAAGAUACCAUCUUUAAUGAACAAACUACAAAUGAUUCUGAUGACCAAGAAAAGUAUGACACAAACACUCCAGAAAUUACUUUUGAACCUAAUCACAUAGGACAUUUUGAUUCUGUUAACAAACCAGAAAUAAUUCAACACUUGCAAACUUCUAAAACAAAAUCAACUCCUGUAAAGAUGAGACAUGAUAAUAGGUUGCGAGUUGAUGAUUUACACGAUCAUAACUUUAAACAGAAGAUUUUGCGACGUUUAUCAUUUUCUGCUAAAGACAAACUUAAAGUAACUCCUAAGAUUGUAAAAGAGGAUGGUGAUAAUGAUUUUGAAAUUAUAACAGUUCCUGUACUUGACUUAUUAGAGCAUACAAAAAAAGGAACUACACCUAAUACUCCAAAAACAACUUUUGGUGUGUUCUUGAGUAAUCUUCAACGUAGGGGAUCGAAGCGAGAUUCUUUAGCUAAAGAAAAAAACCGACGUUCAGUUCAUCUUGAAAAUGUUAUCAAUGGUCAAUUGGAGUUAGAGGCAUUCAAUGAGUUUUUAAUGAGCAAGGUAACAGCUAUGAAUAGAGCUGAUAAUACAAAAAGUAACUCUGAAGCAGAUACUCUUUUUAAAAAUGGGUUGCAUAUAUAUCAUGGCAAAUUAUUACUUACAUAUGCAAAUGCUGUACAGUCAAACAAGGAAUUUUCUCUGAAUGAUCAUGACCUGGUUUUUGGAUUCCAACUUGCUCUUGAAAGUAUACAAGAUAUGAAAGUUUCUAAAGAGUUUUCUGUAAUGGGGCGUAAUCUUUUUCAAGGAAUUAUUGAGGAAUUUGUCAAACAAAAAGAAAAGUUGUUGCUGAAAAAGAAACAUCGCAAACCUAUAAAAAGGAAUAGAAGAAAAACAUCUGAAUAUAUUGAUCAUAAUGGUCAUCUUUAUUCAUGGCAAAGUUUUAAUAUUCAAACUUACUGCGAGUUCUGUAACUCGUUUAUUUAUGAAAGAGGUUUAUUAUGUCAAGCUUGUUCAUUUACAUGUCACAAAAAGUGUUAUAUAAAGUAUUCGAAAACAUGCAAAGGGCGGCGUCCUUCAGUGUGUGGUCCCUCUUCUCUUUUUGGAACUGAUCUCUCUGAAAUUACUAGCAACAACAAUCCAAUACCAGAAGCCAUUUUAAAAUUAAUUGAAGAAAUAGAAAAAAGAGGUUUAUAUGUGGAAGGGCUGUACAGAAAACCAGGACCUCAAGCUGCUAUAAAUAAUUUAAAAAGUGUUCUAACAAGUAAAGAUGCUGAAGACUUGAUUUUUGAAGAUGAAAAACCACAUACGUUAGCUUCACUUUUAAAACUGUUCUUCAGACAAUUACCAAAACCAGUUGUUUGUGAAGACUUCUACGAAGAUUUUCUUCGAUCAACAGAUUUAAAAAAGGCAAAAGAUACUCAGGCAACAUUGUAUGAAUUAAUACAAAGGUUUCCUAAAGCCAACAAAGAGCUUUUAGAACGAGUUAUCAUACAUUUGUCAAGAGUUGCAAUGUAUGAGGAUACCAAUAAGAUGUCACCAAAUGCGUUAGCUAUUAUUUGGGCUCCAUGUUUAAUGCGCCCUCCAUCAGAUACUGAUCCUCUUGAAACAAUUCAACAGCUUUCUAAACAAACAAAAUGUAUCGAAAUUUUAAUACAAGUCCAAGUUACCACAAGACGUGACAUGGUAGAGGACAUCAGUGUUUUAGACCGAGCAGCAAGUUCUGUAGAAAGGAGAUUAGAAGAAAUUAAAGAAAAUCAAAUGAAUGAUGAAUCGAUUGAUGGCAGAAUGCAGAUAAACAAUGAAGAACUUCAAAUGCUUGAGCUGGAAAUAUCUUCUAUGGAUGCUGAAAGGCGAAGAUUAACCAACAAUCUUUCAACUAUGGAACCAAGUAAAUCUCAAUCCCUUAACUCUCUUGAUGAGCUAUCUGAUUUUGAAGUUUUGGGAGAGAGCUCUGAAGAUAUUUCAUCAGUUUCAUCGAAUCAAAAGAAAACGAACAAUAUGCUACGUUUUAAAUUCAUAAGUGGCGUAGAUUACGAUUCAUCAUUUGACGAUGUGUUUUCGACCAAUAAACGUAAUUCAUACAGUGAUAAAGAUUACAAAAGAGGAAUUAGCGAUACUAGGUCCAGUGAAAGCGAUAAUAACAAAGGAUUAUCUUCAUCUAUAAACGAACUAAAACGUCCAUCUUACAAAAAAAAGACAAGUAUAAAAAAUAAAAAGAAUUUCUUUACGAAAGCAGGAGAAGACGAUUUUGUGUUUGAAAAUGAUUAAGUUAUUUCUUAUAUUUUUGUAUUCCUGACAAAUUAUACAGAAAUGUAUGUAUCGAUACUUUCGUGUCCAUGUAAAAUGACACAAAGGUAUUUGGAUUUAUACUUGUGUACUACUACAACUGCUACAUGCUUGUUUGCAUUAAAAUUUUAAAACUUCAAAGAAGCAAGUUUAUUUGAGAUCAUGACCAGAACUCAAAUAUUAUUUUAAGAUUUUAAUGUUAUUAUUAUUCGAGUAAGAACUUUGCUCUUCCGUUUUUACACAGCUUUCAUUACUUUUUUUUUUUUUUUUUUUUUUUUUUUUUUAAUUUUGUUUGAAACUAUUUCUAUUUACUCUUAUCGAGUUUUAUCAGCCAUAGAGACAAGUUAUUUUAUGACAAUUUUUUAUAUUAGAGAAAUGAUAUAUGAGAGAGCGUUUGCAUUGUUUUUAAUGUAAUUUAUUCAUUUUCAUAGACCUACUUUAAGGUUUUAUAAAGCUUCUUAAAGGUUUUGCAAAGUAUUAUUCGGAAAUCAAGUUUUAAAAAUGUGGAACACUUUCAUUAAUAAAUCGCUCAAUUGUGAUUCAAAUUGUUUUACAUAAUUUUGCCGACAAGUUAAACCUCAUGAUUUAAAAGCAUGUUAACGUAAUAUUAUACACGUUAUUUUUAUUCAUAUGUAGUAUCAUAUUUUUUUAUAAAAACUGAUACUUUUAUCAAGGCGCGAAUUUUUUAUUAUUUUUAUUUUGUAAUUAUUGAAGACGAUGUAGUCUAACGUCGUAAAUUGACAUAAUUAUUGUAAAUUAUUUUGGAUAUUUCUAAUUGUUCGUUUUCAGAUGUCUGUUUAAA